GGCAAUGCUUGCUUGCUAUUGCUUACUUUCUGCUUUCGUUGCUUUGCUUGUACUCGCGUCGCCAGUCAAUGGCCUGUUCGGUUUUAAGAAUACAAAACACAAUAACAUAAAGUCAAAUAAACUCAAGUUUAAAGUUUUCGACGAACUGAAAGUUGAAACCCAUAGGAACUGGGAUGCUUCGGAGAUAUUAUGUGAAAGUGACAGUAGCGUAAAAUCGAAUUCUUUUUUGUGAGAAUUACAAUGUUUCGCAUAGUUUCAAGUGCCGCCACAUGAAUUCUAUAAUGGUUCGAGGAUUCGUGCGUAAGACCGAAGCUCACUAUGUUCGAAGCGGGCUAACAGGAAUGAUAAACAUUAGUUCGUGAUCAACAGUUAGAAUGCAAGACGGUAGUAGUAUAAGUACGGAGUUGAAGAGGAACUUCGAGCGGAAGCCUACGAAAGUGUUAAAGAUAGCCGAGAGUUUCACGAACUUGGACGAAACAGCGAAGGCUGGUCGGUUUGUGCGGGGCCCAAACUCACGGGCUGGCAGAAGGUUCCAAGAGAAUGGCGGGCGGACUAAACGCGGGUGUUGUGAUGAUAGUAAUUGUGCGGAGUCAAGUGUUAGUGAUGGUGAGAAGGUCGGUGACCGCAGGGUGACGGGCUCCUCGUGCACGGCUCUGAGGACCGCAGUGGCCGCGCUGUACCCCUUCGACGACUUCAUCCUGGAGAAGAUUGGGACUGGGUUCUUCUCCGAAGUUUUCAAAGUAACACACAAAACGUCCGGCAAGGUGAUGGUUCUGAAGAUGAACCAGCAGCGCGCCAACCGGCCCAACAUGCUGCGGGAGGUGCAGCUCAUGAACAAGCUCAAACAUCCUAACAUUUUAGGAUUCAUGGGCGUUUGCGUGCACGAGGGUCAACUGCACGCUCUCACGGAGUACAUGGAGGGCGGUUCCUUAGAGCAGUUGAUCCUGGGCAGGCCUCCCGAACCCCUGCCUCAGCCCCUGAGGAUAUCCCUCGCAGCCGACGUUGCUGAGGGCAUGAAGUACCUGCAUUCAUUAGGAGUCUUCCAUAGAGAUCUUACUACUAAGAAUGUACUAUUAAGAAAGAGACCAGACGGCGAAUACACCGCUAUAGUCGCGGACUUCGGUCUGGCUGCGAAAAUACCUCAUCCGAUCACCGGCUAUAGAUUGCCGAGCGUCGGCUCGCCCUGGUGGAUGUCGCCAGAGUGUCUCCGGGGCCGGUGGUACGACCACCGCUCCGACAUCUUCUCUUACGGGAUCAUUCUGUGCCAACUCAUUGCGAGGGUUGACGCGGACCCGGACGUACUACCGCGCACGGACAACUUCGGCCUCAACUACAUGGCGUUCGUGGAGUUGUGUGACGAGGACACCGUGCCCGAUUUUCUGCGCCUCGCCUUCCAUUGCUGCAUUUAUGACGCCAAAGCGCGGCCGCUAUUCCCCGAAAUAGUGAACAAGCUCGCCGAGGUGAAGGAGGGCCUCGACGACGCCGCGUGGGAGUGCCACACGCCCAACAACUCCUACGACAGCAGCGACUCGGCGGACUCUUCGGGCCCACGCUCGUGCCCCGGCCUGUCCGCGUGGCGCCGACCCGCGCGCCUGCGCUCCGACAGCAGCCCGCACUGCCGCGACCACCACGCGGCGGCGCACCGGCGCUCGCUGUCGGAGUUGGAGUGGUCGUGGCGCGGGGCGGGCGCGACGGGUGGCGCGGCGCACCGCUCGGCCGGCGCGCUGGUGGCGCCCGCGCCCGCGCCGCCGCGCCUGGCGCGCCUGCAGCGCCUGGCGCACAUCAUGCUGCUGCGCGACGCGCACGCCGCGCCCGCGCCCGCGCGUGCUCUACACUCGUUCCGCGGCGUGCACAAGAUCCUGGAGCCGGCGCGCUGCAGCUCGGGCGACGCGCCGCCCAGCCCGGCCGACGAGCCGCGCGCGCUGUCGCUGCCGCCGUCGCCCGUGCUGGCGCGCCGCGACGACGAGCUGCGGCGCCGCGCGUCCUGCGAGAGCGGCAUCUUCAGCGUGGCCAACGAGGACCCGCCGUCGCUGGGUGCGCUGUGCCCCUGCUCGCUCAUGGGCUGCCACCGCUGCUGGUGGCGGCGCGGCGCGGAAGGCGCGGCGCGGCGGCUGCGCGUGUGCGGUGACUGCCUGCGCGCGUACGACGCGCUGCUGCGGCGGCGCGUGGAGGAGCGGGAGGAGCGAGAGGAGCGCGAGGAGCGCGGCGCGUGGGCGCCGUUCCUGUGCGGCGGCGGCGGCGCGGGCGAGGCGCACGUGCUGGCGCGCUGCUGCUGCGCGGCGCGCGCCUGCCCCGCCGCGCCGCGCAGCGUCAGCGUGACGGACAGCAGCGAGGACGCGGCGUCGCUGGGCUCGGACUCGCUGUACGACGAGCGCGCGCCGCGGUCCGCGCAGAUCGCGCGCAUCGUGGAGUACUUCGAGCGCAAGGGCGGCGGCCGCGGCCGGGGCCAGUACAUCGUGGACGUGCGCCACUGCGCCGCGCGCCUCACCGUCUGCGAGGGCGCCGUGCGCUCCAAGCUGCCGCUCUUCGACAAGAAGUCCUAGCGACCACCUCGUCUGACUGACUAAAAUAAGCAUUUUUGUUGAACGUUAAAUGAUCGUGAAAUAUUAAUAUGUAAAAUCCCUAUCCUUAAAUUCUGUCCUACUUGAACGAGAAGUAGUGACGUACGAUGGACCUUUUGUCAACUUUUUUCGGAGCUGAAGUACACGAUUUGGCCUCUUCCAUGAGUAGCAGAAAUGUAACCUGUGAUGUGAGUCAAUAUUUGAGUUGCUCCUUCUCGAUAUUAUACAGUUCGUGAUUUUGAAAUCUUCCGCGUGAAGUGAACGGACCCUCGGACGCGUCGGCCGACAGGUGUACUUUUUUCAUACUUAAUUUGGUAUAUUGUAAAUAAUAAGAAGUUACAAUAUCUGUUUACAUAUUUAUAAUUUAUAUACAGUAUUAUACUACUACUUGCCAGUUUACGUAAGCUUGUAAAUAAUAUGUUUCAAAUUUAAUAUUUAAGUUGUAAGAGCCGUUGUACUAUAUUUGCAAAAGUUUAAGCAUUUCAAGUACUAAUUUUGUCAAUAAAUAAUUUAUGACUUUUUUUGUAAUAUUUUUGUGUAGAGACUUAAUAUAACUUUAUUUACGCUACAAAUACGGCAGAGUCAUAGAAUUCUUUUUAUUUGUUAGAUCCACAAAAAUCUAUUUAUUUACCUAGAGGUUUAUCUUACAAAUGUUUGUAUACUAUUGCGGGUCGAAUUCGUCCUAAUCUAAAAUUAAUCUUUAACCUAAACUAUUUUUACUGAAAAAUGUGUGUGACAGCUCUAAAUAUAACAUUAUCGUAUAAAACUCUUUAAAAGUGAGGAGCUGCCGAACAAAACGGUGUCAUUGCACUUCUGAACGUAAUUCUUUUUUUCUUUAGUCCGGAUGUCUUUGGCCCACUGAAUACAAAUAUGAACUAAUUUCCAAGCAAAACGACUUAAAACAGUGCUGAAAUUGAAUCUAAAUGUCAUGAUUUCGAUCACUGAAUACAAACUUGAGCUCAUUUUCAAGCAAAACGGCCUAAAACUGUGCUAAAAUUUAGUCCAAUGUUUGUGAUUUCGAUCAAAACGGUACAAUUGCAGGGAGGUUUCAAGAGCUCUCAUUCAGUUGUUGGCACCUCCUGUAAAAUUGCAUUUUUUGCAAUUACACCAUUUUGUUCGCCAGCUCCUCCGUUUAAAAAUUAAACCGUCUAAAGAUUUAAGGUCUCUAACGGAUGCCCAUCCGGCACCGAAGUCCAUAAUAUUUACACCAACACCAAUAAUAACUUUAAGUUGAAUUUAUUAAAAGUUUGCCAAAUUAAAACGAGGUAAAAUAGUUAUUUCUGAAGAGGAUUAUAAAUAUUUUGUUUUGCCAAUUUGCAAAGGAUAACCAUGUAACUAUGGUGUGCGUUGGUUCUAACAUUUGGGCCAAUACAUGUGCCAAUGUGUAUACUAACACCUAACAGUUUUGCCCACAGUGAAGUCUACGUACAGUAGACACGGUCUAAUAGUAAAUUAUAACACUGUAACCGUGCAUUUACAUAUUCGUGUGCGGCUCGCUACUCGCCGUUUAUGUCAUAGACUGACAGCCAAUUGCGAGAUAAGGCAAUAUUAAUUAUUGACAGACGAGUGACGUCUCGCGUCGUGACUCGCGAAUGUGUAAAUGCACCGCAUUGGCCUUAAUCUAACAAACAAGAUGGAUAAAAGGUUAUUCUUUUGUAUAUACUGUACAAUAACAUGUGUCAAAUCAGUCUCCAAAAUAAAAUCGAUAUUGAAUCGAUUAUUUUGAUGAUUUCAAUUUUUAACUUUGCUUAGCAUUUUUAAUAAAGAAAAUUCACGUGUAUAAAACCGGUAUAGAUAACGGUAUACAGUUUGAGUUUAUAACGUUACAGCAAAACGGUGUAAAUAACACCAUUUUGCCGUUUAGGUUACCUAAAAUGGAUUCAUUUAAUCUUGCUCAUAACUAAAGGCUAUAAAAAACUAUUUUAAACUAAAUAGUGUAAUCAAACCCAGUGUCAAACGUGGCAUCCAGUGAAUAUUAUUAUUAACUUCAUACAAAUACAUUUUAAAGGCAUUUAGGUUGAAUAUAUUGUAUUAUAUUGAUACAUGCUAUCAUCUAAUCUCCUUUGAUAAAAACUAUUUUUAAUAAUUUCAUUUCUUUUUCUAGUUCUCAAAACACGAUGGGUUUUUAUAAACUACAAUAAAUGUAAAAAUUAAAACUGUUUUAUUAAUGUUGCAGAUUAAAAACUUAUUCAAUAUAUUUCCAUCUUGAUGUUUGCACGUAAAAAUAAUCGAUUCAAAUUAAAAACUCUGAAAACAAAACGAUAUAUUUUUGUAGAUAAAAUCAUAAUUAUAUCUAUAUUUUUUCCAAUAUUGCGAAAAACUAAUCAUGUUUACAUGGUCAGGGUAUCUUUACUGUAAAUAAACUCUAAAUAAAUCAUUAUAUAAUUAAAUACCCAAUUGUAAAAUCAAAGUACCUAACGUGUAUUCUAAGAAUGACAUAAAAUCGAAAAUUGAAAUAAUCAUCUGUGCCAAAUAAAGAUAAACUAUUAAAAAUCAUUAAAUCGCAUAUUUACUUAUUUUCGCAUAUUUAUGCAUAUUUUAACGGUCUCUGUGUUACAGGCAAAAUCCGUCAGAUGUGUAAUGGGGAUAUUGCCCGGAUAGAGUUGAUAUUACACAAAUAUUAAUGACAGUGUUGAUAUUAACAAACUUCUCCAUUAUUCCACCUGGACAGUGUUCACGUUGCCCAGACUGCGCACUUUGCCCGUAAAAUAUGUAUAUUGUAUAGUCGGUAUUGAAACAUAGGGCAACUUCUUUUCAUUUACCUGAGAGCAAUUUUAUGUCCGUCCAAGACGAAUGUAGGGUUUUAAUCGUAUCCUCUGACUUCUGAUUUUUUUUAAACAGUUAAUUUUAACCUACAGUUCUGAAUGGUUAGUCCAAACUUCUAAGCGACUAGAUUAAUGUCGUUUUUAAAUUACUUUUUCAAUAACAAUAGUUUACAAAGUUUACAAAAAAUGAUAUGAGUACCCGAAAAAUAUACCUGUUCUAAAUCGGAUAGAACAUUGAUAAAUAAUAUCAAAUCGGUCAUCGGUAUGCGAUAGUCGUUUAUAAGUUUGGAAGCCUACAUAAUUAAACUUCGAAUGACGUCAAUUCAACAUAUUUUCAUAAUUUCUAUUGGUCUGAAGGCGCAUCCAGACUAUAUAACAUAAUGUGAAACAUGUUAUAUAACCAUGUUUUAAAAUAACAAAAAUUAUUGUGUCACAUUUUUAGUAGCGUGGCUUUGUCAAGUUUAGACAAAAUUUUUAAUCAAUGUGAAUAUGUCAGGCAAUAAAAGGUUUAUGACAUAUUAUAACAUAGUCUGUACGUACCUUUAUGGAAUUUUUCGCAUAACAAUAAUUGAAAAAGUGCCUUUCAUACAAAAGGUUUUAAAACGGUAUGAUUUUAUAUGAACUGUAAUCUGACUGUAACAUAACUGUAAAAAAUUUAAUCCAAAAAAAACUACGCGAUUUUGACAAAAUAACACAAUAUUGGGUAGAAUCAAAAUCAUGGAAAUAUAAGAUUUUUAGCUUAAUUAUUUAUUAAUAACAAUUAUACAUAAUAUUAUACUAACUAAUAAAAUUGUAUUAUUAAAUCUAUGACCGUCGGUAGUUUAUAAAUCUUUUUGUCAUGUGACAAUACAAAUUAGUAUUGCCCGUAUACUAAAGAAAAAGACUAAGGAAAAAGAUGGACGGAGCGUUUAAAAAGUGAAGCCAGGCCUGCUCCGCGCUUUUGGCUCGUGUACUGUCUAUCUUUUUCUGUUUGUCUGUGUGUACUACUUAUAUCGUAGUAUAACGCGUUUUCCGCGCUUCGCAGUUAUCAUCCAAUAAGGUUAUAAUUAUUUAGGAGUAAUAUAUUAUUUGUCAGAUGUACCUGUUAUUUGAUACACCGAUGCUGAUGUAGAUAUUGUGCAAUAGACGAAUAAUGAGAUAAUUUUGACUGAUUCGCCGACGGAAUUGUGAAAAUAUGUUUUUAUUUUAAAAAUUGUAAAAAAAGAUCAAAUAUUAUAUCAAGGUUGCAAUAUAUUUCUGAACAUCAAAUCCAUACUAAUGUUAUAAAUGCGAAGGUCUGUCCGUGUCUUAUCUUUUCACGGCUCAUCCGCUUAACUGAUUUACAAAAUCUGGUAAAUAUCUAAGAUCCCGGAAAUGGACAUAUUUGACAGGAUAUAUUUUAUCCCGGGAAACCAAAAAGUUACGACAGGAUUUAAAAAUAUCCUAAAUCCAUCCAUAUGAAGUCAUCAUUUGAACACACUUACCUUAUUUAUUUGUACUGAUUGUGAUCGCAACUAAACUUUAAAGUAUUCACACCUCUCCUUACUAACGUAAUUAAAAAAGGACGGACAAACUUAAUUUAGUUUAAAACUAACCUAGUGACUAGCAAACUUUGUGACUUUAAAAAUCAAUUUUGAACAUAGUUUUGAAAUGGUACUAGAGUCUUUAAUUUAAAAUUCAUUUUGCGCCCCUUUUCAAAGCAAUUUUUUUUAGCAAUAUUGAAAAGAAAAAGAUGCAGAUACUCCAAUUUUAGUUUAGAAAAAGACAUCAGAAUUGUCGCCAAUAUUUUCACAAUUUCACGGCUACAACAAAAUGGUGUAACUUCUGUCAAUUAUUAUAAGUAAAUAUUUAAGAUUGGAGAAUGUCUCAACACGCUGACUGUUUAUUUUCCGUUCGAAAGACAAGGUUACACCUAAGCCAAUCAUAUCAGUUUGAGAAAACAUUUAGUAUCUAGUUAUUUUCGGUAAUAAAUCUACCUAGAUUUAAAAAUGCACGAGUGAUCGAAAACCUUGUUCUUUUUCAAAUUCUUUGAAGCAUAGACCUCAUCAUUGCUUUUUAUAAAGCUUGAUUAUCAUCAAAAACAAGCCUGUCCUUGCAAUAAAUAAAUUAAAACUUCUUAAAAAGCAAGUUGUGCCAAAAAAAUACAAUUUUAUUUGAUCUUUCCAUAUUCUCAAAACUAAUUACUGACAAUCACUCGUGUAUUUUAUUAUUAUAAAAUAAGUUUUGUGUAUAGUCAACAUCAUAAGAACAUAUUUAUAAUAUUUAUAGUAAUUAUAACUAUAAAUGGUCACGCUGAAAUGGUCAGUAAAUAUAUUGUGUUGUCGAUGUCUAUAUUUAUCAAUCCUUAGAAUCCUUGAUACUAUCAAGUGAAAAGUAAUGUUUGCAAGAAAAAUAUUUCAUAUGAUUUUAUUUUUUUCCUAUUUCCUUCCUACUUUACUACAUUUUUUGUAAUUUUUGUAAUACAAGCAGCACAAUAUAUUGUUAGAAAGUCCUUUUCUUAUUUUAACGGCACAAUAAUUUAUUGACUGUUGAUUUUUUGUGAUGUUGACUAUACGAAUAUAGACUAACGAUUCUGGUUUAGAGACGGUUUCACACUGACUGACUGAAUGCAAAUUGAAUAUUUGAAAAUAUCCUAAAUUUUUUUUUAUCAUAGACAACAUUUUUUUAUAUUCAGUUUGCAUUUUGUAGUCUAUGUGAUAAUUAACUAACAUAAGGUAUUGUUUGUACUAGGGGUAUUGCUCGACCGAGAAUAGUGCACUCGAGAAGGAUAUUAUAUGACUGCAUUUCUUUAGUAAUUCGGUCGCGAUCCUGGACCGAAUUACCGGUAAAUUUUCGUACCGGUAGUUUUUCUUACCGGUAUCAAAGUAUCUAUACUAAAAUGUAACGAUAAAAAUAACGAUACCCAUAUAAAUCAUUAACGUUAUCUAAAUACCAUUAUUAAUACCGUUAAACAAUAUUUGUACCAUAUUAUUUUUAACGAUGCCGGGUACAAAGUAGCAUCUUCACUCGGCACGCAUUUGCCGUCAAGUAACAGUUAUAUUGGUAUACUGUUACUAUUUACGUUACCAUUUUAACAUAACGUUACGUAACGUUUUUAACAUAAAGUUUUGGUAGUUUUAACGUUAAAAACUUAGUAACUGUAACCGAACUAGUAACUGGUUGCGAUCCAUAAUAUUCAUACAUAACUCCAUCUGGUGGCAAUCAGAGUCGGAAAAAAACAAAACAGUUUUUGUUCAAAACAGUUUAUUUAUAGUAAAAAACAUGUUCAAAGUUUAUAUUGUACAGAUAUCAGGCGACAUAAUAGCAACCAUCACAAAAGAGAAAGAAGAAUUACUCAAGAGUGCACUUCCUCGAUGGAGCACUCUCUACAUGUAGACUGCCCUUAUGCCCAAAUACUGAAAAGUGAAAAGCAUUCUAAGAGGCGUAUAAUGGCCUUCACAAUCAAUUGACUGUUUAGUAUUCGACUGCUAAGCUCUGUUUUCCUAGGCUAGAAAAACGUAUCUUUGACACCCAACGUUAGUGUCAAAAGACGCUAUCUAGGAAACAAUGAUAGCUUGGUUCUUACAGGCAACGUUUUGGUGUCGUCAUUUGACGCUAUACACAUAGCCGCUAUUUGACGGCACCGCUAUCCUAGGAAACUAAAGCUAUAGGACUACAGUAAGAUUCAAACUUAUUGGCGACUGAAAAGCAAGUCACAAGUCAUUUACACUGGAAUUCGUAGUCAUUCGUAGGCUUCUUUAGGGAACCAGAUUCAGACGACAUGUGUUAUAUUCAACCUUAAUACAACGCAUGAAGGUUGAAUAUGGCCCAUGUCCCCUAAAUGGUUCCUCAAAGAAGAUCCUAUCUUGACUAUGAACUCCAGUGUUACAUCUCACAAACGUUGAUAGAAUCCAAACGUUGAAACACUUCGGCGUUAAAGUCAGAUGAAGAAUUAUCAACUAAGGAUCUUGCACAAAGACACUUAAUUCAGGUAAAUUAAAGCUGUCACUUAUUUGCAACCGCUAAUAGUCUAUGCUCUUGCCAAAAAGUGACAGCAUUAAUUUAAAUAAAUCAGUUUGUAGUUACCGGCAAUUAAAUAAUUACAUCUGACCUACGAUGCGAGUGCGAGCUCGCGCAGGUACACGGAUCACUCACACUAAUGCAGAUGGCGAACGCAGGGAGCGGUGCAGCGUGCAGGUUGAUGUGCUUCGCUUCCCCGUACGUUGCGCACCACUGGUGCCUAAAAAAUGCUAUUGGCACGCGUCUUGCGGUUAAGUUCAAGGAUGACUAUUUGUUUGGCGCGGACUAUACUUACCCGUGCCGUCACCGUCUUUGUGCAAGUAGUCCUUCGGCCCACUGCUGGACAUAGACCUUGUAGGGACUUCCACACGGCACAGUCUCGCGCUGUUGGAAUUUAGUUAACCGAAUGUAUUUCGACGCUCGAAUUCUAUCAGCGUUGGCGAGAUGCCUGAGGAAUUAAGCCUGAGGGCGUCUGUGCACUUAUUCGCAUUGGUUUUCGUAAAAAUACGUCAAAAACCCAUCAACUACGGAUUGUAAAAAUACGAAUGAGUGCACACGCGUACGUACAUUUUGUAUGGCGGCCACUUUGAUUCGUAUUUUUACGAAAACAAAUACGAAUGAGUGCACAAACGUCCAUACUGUACUUGCGCAGCUCGGCUCACUUGUCAGUCGCCAAAGAUUGAAUCGACUCUACUAACGUAAAGUUAGGGAUUUGUUAACAGCGGCGUGCCGCGCCGCGCCCGCAAUAGCCGAUAGCUAUAGUUAGCCGACUGAGGCACUCCAGAAUAUACCUAAUAAUUUGUAAAUGAAAGGUGGUAUUAAUAAAUAUAUUUUGUUUCUA